GUUUAUAUUCUAUGUAGUAUAUGUACGUACUAUUAUCUCCAGGCACGUACACUAGAAUGCCCUAGAUGGUCAAGAAAUAGAACUGCGACCUAUCUUAAAUACGUUAACUAAUAACAGUUAAUUACUUUACGAAGGAAUACUAGGAUUUAUACGAGAAACAGACUCCAAUAUCAAAUAGAACAUGCCGUCCUACAAGUUUUCAUAUUUUGACGUGCGUGGACGGGGAGAACUGGUGCGCUAUGUGUUUUAUGCCGCCGGCAGAGACUUUGAAGACGACAGGAUACAGAGCGAAAACUGGCCAUCAUUCAAGCCAUCUACUCCAUUCGGUCAGAUGCCAGUACUAGAUGUCGAUGGGAAAAAGCUUGCACAAAGUGGGGCCAUUGCAAGAUACGUCGCUAGAGAGUUCGGUCUAGCAGGCAAAGACAACUGGGAACAAGGUCUAGUCGAUCAAUACAUGGGUCUCGUUGAAGAUAUGUUUACAGAAUUAGUUAAAGGAUUUUUCGAAAAGGACGAAGAAAAGAAGAAAGAGCUUCAGAAAAAUAUGGUCGAUGUUGUAUUUCCAAAGUUUUUAGGACUAUUUGAAAAAGCUUUGGACCAAAACGGAGGGAAAUAUUUCGUCGGAGAUGCACUCACACUUGCCGAUCUUGCUGUACUGAAUGGGUUCGAUACACCUUUAAAACAAGUCCCAAACCUCAUGGAUUCUUUUCCAAAGCUGAAGGCGCACAGAGAACGUGUUAUGGCCAUUCCAAAACUUUCUGAAUAUAUUAAAAACAGAAAGCAAACAGACAUUUAGAUAAUAUCAUAUUGAACAUCACUUCUGCCCUUCUAAAGUGUUAUUUUUACUAACAAUCAAAAGUUAUUGUUCAAAGGACUGCCGAUUUCUUCAAGGCCACAAAGGACAUUGACUUUGAGAUACGGUGUUGCGUUACAUGACAGAUGCCAUAAUUACACAUUCAGUAACAAUGGGGGACGAAUAUAUUUCACAUUUCGCUAAUAUCACGAGCACACCGUAAAUCUUUUCAAGUUUUGAAUGUUUAUUUAUUGCAUUAUUUAGCAGGGAUAUUGAAAUAAAUCUUAAAAUAUCUACAGUAAAA